CGUCUGCUAAGACAGAUAUGCACGACGUUGGACCCCAACUUUUAGAAUGGUUCGGCCCGAUGAAAAUUGGGGCUUUCAUCAAAAGGAAGAGAUUUUAUCAAUUAUGAGGAAAAACAGGAUUUGUUAUAAAUAAUCUCAUGAAGUUUCGAUUGUAAGACUUACCAUCACUGUGAGAUGGCUACACUUCGAGGAAUGCCUCGACGCAGAGGUCGACCUGCUAAAGCUGUACGUCUUGCCAGGGGAGCCAUCUUGUCGAAACCAGUACAAACUCGGGAUUCACCAUCCACAAGAGGUAAACGAGCAAGCCAGCUAUUUACAAAUGGUGGAGUUGGUCAGAAAGACAGUGACAGUGUUCUGAAUUUAGGUGAUGAAUUAGAUAGAUGGAAAGAACUGAAGGAAAGACAGGACUUGGAGACUGAUGAAGAAAUGGCAAGAUUUCUCCUAGAUUCUUGGGAAACAAAAGAGACGCGGAAGGAAAACCAGAUCCAGGUUGGCAUGGCAACAGUUCGAGAUUUUGAGAACUUUAAGACACGCACGAAAAAAUCAUCAGAUGAAGUAAUACGUUUCUUCCUACGUCUAGAUAUUGAACCAGGACUGAAUGUUAUAUCAGUCAGUGAUGAGGUCGGAAAAACUUUCGAUAUUCUGAAGUCCAGCUUGAAGAUGGGAGCAAAUGACUUAAUGAAACAUCUGUUUGAUGUUCGAGAAAAGUUUUUGAAGAAGCCAGAUGAAAAUAAGGGGAACUAUCUGUCUGGUAUUGAGAAGAGAGUACGUGAUGCUGUUAGGGAGGAAAUGGUUCAGUUGAUGAGUGAUGGAGUUCUCUCCACUAAUCCAUCUACAUCGAUGCAGCGCGAGGAUAAAAUACAUGUGAAGAGUGGCGUCUCUCCGAAUAAAAGAGAGGCUGCCAUGGUAAUUGAUCAAUCACCAGAUGGUGGUAAGAAACGUCCGAGGAAAUCCCUGCCACAGCGUGUUGUCAUAGAACAGGACGAUCUGUCUGACUCGGACAAUGAGGGAAGUGUAUCAGUGUCUUCUGUCAGCUGGGAACUAGACGCUUCUAACACAGGUGUGGUGGAGGACUCAGAGGUCAUGCAGUAUAACUAUGUCAUCAAUCCAACACAGACAUUUGUUCCAGUAAAUGCAAGUACUCCUGUCACACUCGUCGGUAAUCCACAAGUCUCCUGGACUGGUUUAUCUACAUCCACUGCCAUAAUACAACAAGGUGCCGGGACUCAGGUAAUCGGCACCCCAUUGACACAAGGUACAUUGUCAGAUAAAGAAUUAGAGGCUAAGGGAUUCUUUAAAGUCGGGGCAUUUACCAUAAUGAAAGAAGCAAACGGUUUGCUAAGCUGUCCACACUGUGACUAUAAAGGCACAAGUGUUGUACGGCUUCGCCGCCAUUUUACAUUACAUACUGGGAAAGCGUACAAGUGCAGUAUGUGUGAUAGAAGCUACACUGAGGAGUACAAGCUGAAGGAACAUUUCCAAGUUAAACAUGAGAAAAGUGUUCAUUUUAAAUGUCAGCUUUGCGAUAGAGAGUUCACAUCAAAGGGUGGACUCAAAUACCAUACAAGGACUGUACAUAGGAAAGAUUUUGCUUAUUGGUGCGAGGGUUGCUGUAAAGGUUUCAACUACCUACAGUUCUAUCAAGCGCAUAUGAAUAAACAUAAUGGACCAGCCCAGUAUAAAUGUAAUGUUUGUAGUAAAGAAUUUACCUAUCUUGCCACGCUGUCGAUGCAUCGGAAAUCGUGUGUUGGUGGUGGACAGAUUAACAGUCUUGCCUGUGAAAUGUGUGGCGAAACUUUUAUGAAUGAUAAAGAUUUGAAAGAACAUACCAUCACAGAACAUUGCGAUGUGUCAAGAUUCCGAUGUAUCUGUGGUGUAGAGUUCAGAUGGAGAGCUGGCCUUGACAACCAUAAAGCCAAGUGCAGUGAUGUUCUGGCCCAGAAGAAAAAAUUACAGGAAGUAGACGGUUUAAGUAAUAUGAUGAUUGUCAAUGUGGAAAGUUUGUCCAACAAGAAGCAGAUCUCCCCACUGUUGUCAAAGUCUGAGGAGGACAUGAAUAAAAGUACAAACGUUGAUUUUGAUGAGAAUUCCUCCGAUUCAAUUGAGAUCACAAACGUGGAGUCGGGAGAGCGGUUUGUUUGUGACAUUACUGGAGACGAUGAUGAUAAUAAUUCACAAGUUAGUCCUGCUGCGGCAGUCAUGCAUACAUGUCAGUUCUGCGACUACAAAACACAGAAGUCCUCCCACAUGAAAAGACAUGAACUCACACACACAGGCAAGAAAUAUAAAUGUCACGAUUGUCCAAAAUCUUUCAAUGAAUUGACCAAGCUGCGCACACAUCAGAAUUCCAAACAUCAAGGACAGGCCAGGUACAAGUGUGACAAAUGCUCGCGCACAUUUUCAUCUAAAGGUGGCAUUAUGUAUCAUCAACAAACCAAGCAUAAUAACUCCUAUAAGUACCGAUGUGAAACUUGCGAUAAAGGAUUCAACACCAUUCAACACUAUCUAGGUCACAAGAAUACGCACACAGGCAUCCGACCAUACGUAUGUGAGAAAUGUAACGUUGGAUUCUCGUACCCGUCUGUCCUAACUUCACACAAGAGAGUGUGCAAAGGAAAGGUUGAUGGACUGAGCACUGGCGGGCUAGAUCUGUAUCCUUGUAAAGAAUGUAAAGAAAAGUUUGCAUUGCCUUCAUCACUCCAGCAACAUGUACGAGAAAUGCAUAGCUCUACCCUGAACAGUAAAUAUAUGUGCGAUUGUGGCGAAGAGUUUGAAUUGCAUGCUUUGUACGAGCUGCAUAAAUCAAGGUGUUCAAAGUCUGACAAAAGUUCAGAGAUGAUUCUUCAGACCGUGAGUGUAGAGGCUGACUCCACGGAGAACACUACCAACGGAGAUGAUGAGGAAUUUAAACAACUGUCGCCGGAAAAAUUUAAUGCCAUCCUUUGUAAUCAGCCUGUCUUUCCAUCGUAAUUCCAUUAGUUAAUUAUCCUAGUAAAUAUAGAUUUGUUGAUAGUUGUGCUUGUUGAAUAUGUUGUUAUAAUAGAUUGGAAAACAUUUUGUGGUUAUUUUUGUUAGAAUCUGUCUCCUGGUGUUAAAAUUUUCUACACUUGUUUUUAGCUCACCUGUCACAAAGUGACAAGGUGAGCUUUUGUGAUCGCGCGUCGUCUGUCGUCCGUCCGUCCGUAAACUUUUGCUCGCGACCACUCUAGAGGUCACAUUUUUCACGGGGUCUUUAUGAAAAUUGGUCAGAAUGUACACCUUGAUGAUAUCUAGGUCAAGUUCGAAACUGGGUCACGUGCAGUCAAAAACUAGGUCAGUAGGUCUAAAAAUAGAAAAACCUUGUGACCUCUCUAGAGGUCAUAUUUUUCUCAAGAUCUUCAUGAAAAUUGGUCAGAAUGUUUACCUUGAUGAUAUCUAGGUCAAGUUUGAAACUAGGUCAUGUGCGGUCAAAAUCUAGGUCCGUAGAUCAAAUAAUAGAAAAACCUUGUGACCUCUCUAGAGGCCAUAUUUUUCAUGGGAUCUGUAUAAAAGUUGGUCUGAAUGUUCAUCUUGAUGAUAUCUAGGUCAAGUUCGAAAUUAGGUCAUGUGCGGUCAAAAACUAGGUCAGUAGUUCUAAAAAUAGAAAAACAUUGUGAGCUCUCUAGAGGCCAUACUUGUGAAUGGAUCUUCAUAAAAAUUGGUCAGAAUGUUAACCUUGAUGAUAUCUAGGUCAAGUUUAAAAGUGGGUCAUGUGCUGUCAAUAACUAGGUCAGUAGGUCAGAUAAUAAAAAAACCUUUUGACCUCUCUGGAGGCCAUAUUUUUCAUGGGAUCUGUAUGAAAGUCUGAAUGUUCAUCUUGAUGAUAUUUAGGUGAAGUUCGAAACUGGGUCAACUGCGGUCAAAAACUAGGUCAGUAGGUCUAAAAAUAGAAAAACCUUGUGACCUCUCUAGAGGCCAUACUUUUGAAUGGAUCUUCAUGAAAAUUGGUCAGAAUGUUUACCUUGAUGAUAUCUAGUUCAAAUUCGAAACUUGGUCACGUGCCAUCAAUAACUAGGUCAGUAAGUCAAAUAAUAAAAAACCUUGUGACCUCUCUAGAGGCUAUAUUUUUCAAUGGAUCUUCAUGAAAAUUGGUCAGAAUUUUUAUAUUGAUGAUAUCUAGGUCAGGUUCAAAACAGGGUCACAUGAGCUCAAAAACUAGGUCACUAUGUCGGCGAUAUAUGGCCUUUUUGUGUCAGUUUGCCGUAAAAUCUAACUCACUCACUCACUCAAAUAAUAGAAAAAACGACGUCAUACUCAGUUCAAAACUGGGUCAUGUGGGGACAGGUGAGUAAAUCAGGACCAUCAUGGUCCUCUUGUUUUUGUUGUUGAAACUUUGUAUGCUUUCUUGCUAAAGUAAAACUUAUUGUUCUACCCAUGGCUUUAUGUAAAGCUGUUGUCAUUGUACGUAGAGAGCAUCUUUAGUCAGUUUGCAGUAUUUACGUUAACAGUGACAGUACACUUGAGUUUUAGUCAGUAUUUAUUAAAAUAUCUACUUAGAAUAAUCAAGGUAAUUUUUUAUCUUUGUAAAUAUGAUUUUUUUCAUGAUUUAUUUGGUAUUGUUAAGGUUAAUGUUCCAUAUAGCUAUGAAAUGGUUAUAUCAGAGGGAAAUAUUUUAUAUGUAUUUAUGCUUAUUUGCAUUUUGUAGUUUUAAUCUAAAAGAAAAAAAAAUGAAAAAAGAUGUUAAAACAAUGAGAACACCUAAAGAUUAAUGUUACUGAGUUGUUGUUUUUUAUGCCCCCGAAGGGAGGCAUAUAGUUUUUGAACCGUCUGUCGGUCUGUCGGUGUGUCCGCAAUUUUCGUGUCCGGUCCAUAUCUUUGUCAUCGAUGGAUGGAUUUUCAAAUAACUUGGCAUGAAUGUGUACCACAGUAAGACGAUGUGUCGCGCGAAAGACCCAGGUCCGUAGCUCAAAGGUCAAGGUCACACUUAGACGUUAAAGGUCAUUUUUUAUGAUGUGCAUUUGUGUCCGGUCCACAUCUUUGUCAUCGAUGGAUGGAUUUUCAAAUAACUUGGCAUGAAUGUGUACCACAGUAAGACGACGUGUCGCGCGAAAGACCCAGGUCCGUAGCUCAAAGGUCAAGGUCACACUUAGACGUUAAAGGUCAUUUUUCAUGAUGUGCAUUCGUGUCUGGUCCAUAUCUUUGUCAUCCAUGGAUGGAUUUUCAAAUAACUUGGCAUGAAUGUGUACCACAGUAAGGCGAUGUGUCGCACGCAAGACCCAGGUCCGUAGCUCAAAGGUCAAGGUCACACUUAGACGUUAAAUGUCAUAUUUCAUGAUAGUGCAUUGAUGGGCAUGUCCGGUCCAUAUCUUUGUCAUUCAUGCAUGGAUUUUAAAAUUAUUGGGCAUGAAUGUGUACCACAGUAAGACGAUGUGUUGCGCGCAAGACCCAGGUCGGUAGGUCAAAGGUCCUAAACUUUAACAUCAGCCAUAACUGUUCAUUCAAAGUGCCAUCGGGGGCAUGUGUCAUCCUAUGGAGACAGCUCUUGUUUUUGUUUCCAUAGCAAUUUUUGUAUAAAAGUAUGUUGGUAUUUAGGCAGAAGCUUUAAGUGAUAUCUGUUAAUAUCUUUUGUUACAAGCAUGAAGUUUUUUAUUGUUUCAUUUAAAAUAUGGAAAUAUUUAUUUUGCUUUAGUGUUAUUUUAACUGUAUGGAAGUGUAUGUAAUACACAUUUUGUUUGUGACUUACGUAUAUAAUGGACAUACUCUUAAAUAGUAAGGUAGUACUGCUUGUUUGGACAAUUUCUAACUUUGUAAAACUUUAUAAUGUAUUGAUAGAAGUCAUGUAAUAAAAAGAUAGGGUGCUAAAUGCUAGGUUUAUUAUCAGCCUGACCAUAAAAUCUGCCCUUUUCAGUUUGACAUCUUUAUCGAAUAAAAGCAAAAUCAAGUGUGUGGGGGUGCGAUGUUGUCAACCUUUGUUUGAAGAAGAAAUGUUCAAAAUCUGUUGUCCUUACCUGUAGUACAACUAUAAUAACAAUUAUGUCAGUUUUUGAUAUUCUGCUUUUUAUGUAGCAUCAUUUUCUGUCGGAGUCUACAUAAUUUAUAAUAAUUGUGUUUGCAUGUAAUAAAUAUAUAUGCUUGAUCUUAUUUCAUUUUAUAAUAUUUAAGGAAACUGUUUUAUGACAACUUAUAGAAAUAGCAUUUCUCUUGCACAUUCACAUCCCAAGAUUAUAAAGUUGACUUUAUAGACCAGUCUCAGAACUCCGGCAUCUGAUUGGUUGAUUCUAAAAUUAAUGUUGAAAUUGACCAAUGGCAAGGUUACAAUUUGAGACUGGCAUUCAAAUUUAGUUUUAAGAUCUUGAACCCUAGGGAAAAUGUUCUUACUCUUAUAACAGUUAUAACAGUUUACAACUAGUGUCUAUAUUGUAUAUAUUUCUGGUAAACUUACUUGUUACAUGUGUUUCUCUUAUGUUAGAUACAUGUAUGUUAACAUCUAGCAAACUGUGACCCUCUAAUUUACUGGGAUGUACACCCAUGUACUCCAAAUUUUAAUCAAGAUUUUAUUAAUUAAAUAGUAAUAUGAGAACAUUUUGUUUUUGUCAGGUUAUGUUGUACAUGUUAAUGAAUUAGCGUGCAGAUGGGUUUCUGUAAAUCUGUAUUGUUAUGAAUUCAUUAAUAUUCAUAGAGAACUCAUUUUUGUUGGGAAUAAAUUUUCAUGAAGGACUACUUUUUUUUAAAGGCAACUGAUAUUCACGGGGGACUACUUUUUGUUGGGGACAUAUAUACAUGGGGGACUACUUUUUGUUGGGGACAUAUAUACAUUGGGACUAAUUUUUGUGGAUAGCAAGGUCAUAUUAAUCAGCAGAAUUGAAUCCAAACAAACAAGUAAAAUUUUCUAUUUUGUCUUGCAGUUAAAAUAUGAAAUCCCAAGAAUUCAUGUUCCUCUUUAACACUUGUUUUGCUCCAAACUACAACAUUUAAUACCAAAUUAGAUUACAAACAAGCGCCAAUCACUUGAAGUUGCAAUGGCAUGAGCAAAGUUGCCGAGUAACUCGAGUUCAGAGUUUCCAGCUAUCCAUACAAAGGCCAGUAUAGGGAAAAUAGCAUGGACUACUUGAUUUUCUUGAAUGAGCCUGGAUAUAAGAGCCUGGGCUAUUUCACAUUAUCUUUAAUGCCCAGUACCCAAAGACAACCUGAAGAUUUUGAGUGAAGAACAUAAGCAUGUUAUUGUAAAAAUCUAUUUUUCUAACAACUGUUCAGUGAAUCCAGUCCUUUUGCUAAUUUAUAUUAUAUUAACUUGCCAUAACCUUGCUUUAUAAUGACUAUUUUCACUGUGACCAAAUGUUUUUCACCAACUUGGACAGUAUAUAUAUAUGUAUAUGUUCCAGUAGCCUUUUGAAGGCAAAUAUAGGAACUUCUUGGUGUGAAUCUGUUUGUAUAUAUUGCUGGUUAUAUAGCAUAAUGUAUUUUUCAUGCAGUAGAUCAUAAUUCCAUUGUUGUUCAGAAAUAUCCUUCUAAAGGAUUACAGUUUUUGUAUAUAUAGAAACUUUACAUAGAAAUUACAUAGCUUGUGUUUUACUUAAUGUUAGAUAGGAUUUUACAAAAUGAGGGUUAUUGUAAAGGUAGCGAAUGCUUACUAUUUGAUUCACCUAAUCUAUAAACAGUUUCUUUGUGUGAAAUGCAGCUUUAUUUUGCAAGGUCAGGAUAUGAAAUACAGAUCAUUCUAGAGUCUUCGUGAUAGGCGGUAGUAGGAUCUUUUGGAAUUUUUCAAAUAUCUUUAAUAAUAAUGAAAAAAAACCCUGUUUUUCCCAUUGCAAAACUCAGACCAAAUAACACAUGGAAAUGUUUAAGUUACCCUGCAAGUUUUAUGACAGCCCAUUGUUUUUUUUGGGGAGAGGGAGGGGGGUUGGUGGGGGGGGGGGGGUGUGAAAGUGCUGAAAUUUACACUGGAAAAUACCCCCUCAAAAUCAUUUUGAUGAUAAAUUCAAAAUUCUUUGGAAUGAUGUAUAUAAUCAAUGGUAUUGUUAUAUAUUUAAAGAGAACUCAGAAAAAAACGUUAUAGGAAAGGUGGAUUAAACAGUAGUUAUUGUUUUGCCUAUUUAGCCACCUUUAACUGUAACCCCUCACUGUGCUAUUCAUCCAUUACUGAUGGUAUUAUAUAUAUAUAUAUAUUGCAUUUUGCAUUUUAUCAGUAUUCUUGUUCAUUUUUGCUUGUAGAUCUGGUUUACACAGACAUAAACAUUGUUAUUGGAUGUGAAUUUCAUAUACAUGUAAUAUUAUUGUUAACUUGUUGAGUGUGUAAAUGAAAAUGGGGAACAUGUGUGAAUGUGUAUUUAAAUACUAGUAUCUGUGAGUAUCAAGAAUUAAGUUUCCCUCACCUCAGCCCCAGACCAACCACAGGGGCAGUGAUAAUUUUUCCUUAUUUUGUUUCUAGAAUUCGACUUAAUCCUAUGAUUAGUAGGAACGAUAUAUUAGUGUAGAACGUUUAAAAUGCAAAUUCACUGAUUUGAAAAUAUAUUUUUUCUAACUGCUUAAAUAAUUGAGGUAUGAAUUGUGUUCAUAAGUACACUGCCUGUUGUAUCGUGUUUUCCUUUCCUAUUUAUAUACUCUUAUAAACCUGAGAAAAAGUCAUAGAGAAUAUUUCUUGAGUGUCUUUCAGUAUUGAAUUUAUUAAGCAAGUUGAAAUGAAUAAGAACAUGCAAGACUGUGCCAAGCAUUUUUAUAUUAAUUUAACAAGUUUAAUAUUCAGUGUUGAAAGGCACAGAUGUAUUGUUCUGUUAAUUACAUGUUAGCUUUUACUGGUGAAACAUUGAAAUUCUUUCUUUUCCUAUGUACUUAGUAUGACAUCAACAUCAAUAUGUUGCUAUGUUAGAGUAAUACCAAAAUUAUGAAGUGAUGCUAUUUCACUCACAUAAUAUAAAAUGUGCGUAUUUUGAGCUUUUAAUCAGUGUUGAUUGGUUAUCCAUAACAUAAUUUAUUGGCCUUACAUUUAAUACUGAAAAUUUGGUUAAUGUAAUAAUAUGAGCCCAUGAUUAAUAAUUGGUGAUUGUUUAUGUUUAUGAUUGAUCAGUUAUUGAUUAUAUUUAACAAAAUAACAUCAGGCCAUAGUUUAUCAGUAGAGUUAUGUUGUAACAUCAACCAAUGAUUAAUCAGUGAUAGAUUAUACUUAACAAAAUAACAUCAGCCCAUGAUUAAUCAGUGAUAGAUUUUAUUUAACAAAGUAAUAUCAGGCCAUGAUUAAUCAAUGAUAGAUUAUACUUAACAAAAUAACAUCAGCCCAUGAUUAAUCAGUGAUAGAUUAUAUUUAACAAAGUAAUAUCAGGCCAUGAUUAAUCAGUGAUAGAUUAUACUUAACAAAAUAACAUCAGCCCAUGAUUAAUCAGUGAUAGAUUAUACUUAACAAAAUAACAUCAGUCCAUCAUUAAUCAGUGAUACAUUUUAUUUAACAAAGUAAUAUCAGGCCAUGAUUAAUCAGUGAUAGAUUAUACUUAACAAACUAACACCAGCCCAUCAUUAAUCAGUAACAGAUUAUAUUUAAGAAAGUAAUACCAGGCCAUGAUUAAUCAGUGAUAGAUUAUACUUAACAAAGUAAUAUCAGGCCAUGAUUAAUCAGUGAUAGAUUAUAUUUAAUGUAGGGAUAACGCAUGUUUUUUCCUGUUAUAACGUCUGCAGAAUCACAAGGGAUUCUGCAAAUGUUAUAAUACGAAAUGAACAUGUGCUAAUGCUGUUCUAGCAUAAAAUGCAUAAAAACUGAUAAAUGGAUAAAAUGCCUCUCAACGUCAUUAAUUUUCCACGAUAUGCGCGGGAAUGUCUGAGUUGUUUUUACGUUGACGUCAUUUCGUUUUGAAUUAUCCAUUUUGGGGCCGAAUGACAUUAAAUUUUACGCUUUGCUACAGAAUGCGCUUAUAUAAAAAGUGUUAUAACAGCACGCGAGCGCGAGAAUCUCUCUGUUGUCACACGUUUUCUCUCCUGUUAAAACACCCCGAAAAAGUGACAAGAACAGCAGUUUCAUGCUAGAACAAAGUAAUAUCAGGCCAUGAUUUAUCUGUAGUAUAUAUUAUAACAUGAGCUCAUUAAUCAGUAGUGUACUUGUUAUGUUUAACAUUAUUACAUCAGCCUGUAUUUAUUCAGUGUGUUAUAUUGCAUUUUUCUUCUAGAAGUCAAUGUUGAACUUUAUCAAGCAUUUCCUUCGAUAAGUUUUUAGCAGUUAUCUUGGUUUUUGGUAUAUAUACUGAAUGCUGGGGCCUCCAUGGCUGAGGGGCUAAUUUUAGCGACUUAGAAUCUCUUGCCCCAAAUUGAUGCGGGUUCAAAAACUUAACUUGCAAUGUAGAAUUCUUUGUGUGAGGAAAGCAUCCAAAUAGCCAACUGAAAGUCAGUGGUUCUGUACAGAAGCCACUCUUGCCUCUAACAAUGUCCACAGGAGCAUAUGGGUCUUCCUCCACCAUCAAGAGCUGAAGAAGUCACCAAAAGACAUAAACUUUCGAUGUGACUCUAAAGCCAACAAAAUAUGCUGAAAGACAUUUUAAACCCUAGGUGUUGUAUUUUUAGCUCACCUGUCACAAAGGUGAACUUUUGUGAUUGCGCAAUGUCCGUCGUCCGUGCUCCGUCCGUGUGUGCGUAAACGUUUGCUUGUGACCACUCUAGAGGUCACAUUUUUCAUGGGAUCUUUAUUAAAGUUGGUCAGAAUGUUCAUCUUGAUGAUAUCUGGGUCAAGUGCGGUCCAAAACUAGGUCAGUAGGUCUGAAAAUAGAAAAUCCUUGUGACCUCCCUAGAGGCCAUAUUUUUCAAUGGAUCUUCAUGAAAAUUGGUCAGAAUGUUCACCUUGAUGAUAUCUAGGUCAAGUUCGAAACUGAGUCACGUGCAGUCCAAAACUAGGUCAGAUAAUAAAAAAAUAGAAAAACCUUGUAACCUCUCUAGAGGCGAUAUUUUUCAUGGGAUCUGUAUGGAAGUUGGUCUGAAUAUUCAUCUUGAUGAUAUCUAGGUCAGGUUCGAAACUGGGUCAGCUGUGGUCAAAAACUAGUUCAUUAGGUCUACGUCGUCUGUGUGUCCAUGCUUAAACUUUUGUUUGUGACCACUCUAGUUUAAGAUCCAGCCUUGAAAUUUGGAUGACAUGUACAGUUUUGCACACCAAUCUUUAAACUGUCUUUCAGUGACCAUAAAUGUGACCUACUGAUCUACUUUCUAAUAUUUUAGCAUCAGUUUGCCAUUUGAAACAUGUGGUACGAUAUACUCAGGUGAGCGAUUCAGGGUCAUCAUGACCCUCAUGUUAAUUUUGGCUUGUGCAUGGCACAAAAGAUUUCAAGGCUUGUCUGACAUUGGGUAAGAUGAUCCUGGGUUACCUUUCUUACAAAUGGAAUCUUGUCUGACUCUCAUCAUAAAUAUGUCCCAAAGAGUAAAGAAAUGAAAAAGAACAGGUGCAUUAAAAAACUGUGUUGUAAAAACUACUAUGGCAGUAGUCAAGUACCGUAUCAGACACAAGGUCUGAAGCCCCACCUCUCCUUGUCUGACUUGGGCAUUAUUUGUGGGACAGGGCCGACUAUACGACGGUAUUCCGCUGUGACUGCUUGUGGUUCUUCAAUGGUUGAAGCUGGUGGUUCCUCAGCCAUAAAAGUCACUGUUCCCCCCUUGCGACAAUUCAGAGUUCAAUUUUAGCUGUGGUCAGUAUGGUGAUAAUAGCUGCUUUCCAGUUAUUAAACAGUUGUAAUUAAAGUUUGUCACUUGUUUAAUUGAUGGCAUUCAGUAUAUAUACCCAAGAAUUUAGCUCAAAAAGACUGUUUAGUCAAAUAUAGAUCAAAAGAAAUGAACAGUGAAUAUCUUUGCAUCAUCAGUGACAAGUUUUCACAAAAUAUAAGUGUUUUGUUUUCAGUUUCUGCAAGCUUUUAUCAGCUGUCAGACAUGAAUGUAUAUCUAGUUUAGUUAGUAACAAACUUGUACUUCUUACAACAGCUAGUCACCCAACAAGGCUUUCAUUUGCACAAGACUGUUUAGUUCAGUCUAAAUAACCGUAGCUUGGUUAAUUUAUGUGUAGGCUUCUGUUUUAGAGCUUUCAUGGUAAGCAACUUACUUGUGUGUUAAUGAUUUGAGGAACGUGUUUUAACCCUUAUCAUGCUGGACAUGACAGAUUUUGCCUUUGCCACCAGUGUAGAUCAUGAUCGGCCUGCACAUUCAUGCAGUCUGAUCAUGAUCCACAUUGUGUGCCAUUCAGUCAGUAUCUUUUUGAUAAGCACCUCUUUUUAACAGUAAUGGUACUAUCUAAAUUGAAAGAUGGACAAGCUCAGUAUAGAAAUUUAGCAGGGUAAGGGUUAGGACAUGAUGCAGAUUAUUUUUCACAAAUAUUUUGAAUUUGCGAGUGGCAUUAUUCAUGAAUAUAUUAGAGAAAUUAUGCCAUUCACAAUAUUGUUUUAAAAUGAUUUCAGUAAUGUUUAUGAUUAAAUUAGGAAAAGGUGCCACAAUAUUGCUUUUCAAUGAUUUCAGUAAUGUUUAUGAUUACAGUACCGUAAGUUAGGAAAAAGUGCCACAUGUGGGUCUUUUGAAGCUUGAUUUAUGGUCAUAUAAAAGUUUGUGAUAUUGUGAAAGUUGUACAUUCCUGAAGGGUCUUAAAUAACAGUUUUUACAAGUUGUUAACUGUUUAUAACUUCUUAAGUUAUAAUCUGUUUGUUUGUAAGUUAUAAAAGUCACCUGGUUCAGUGAUAUGUUUUGGAUUUUUAUAAUGGAGAAAUGACAAUACAGAGACAGUCUUUGCAGAUAGGACAUUAUUCUAUGAAUGUGUAAUGAGUCGAUGAAAAAAAUAUGAACAGUGGAAAAAUUAUCUAAGACUGAAACACAGUGAUCAACAGCUUUCUUCGUCAUUUCCAUAAUUUUUGAUUUAACAAAUAUAAUUCAAAGUCCAUUUUGAACAAAUAUCCCCUGAUUUGAUAUUAGUUUAAGAAAUGUAAAAGCAAACAUGUGUUCAGAAAUGAUCCUAAUUGGGUAUAAAUGUAUAGAUAUUUUUUUAAGCAGAUAGAAUAUAUAGGCAAGGGUCGCGGUUUUCCUCUAAAAUGGGAGCUUACUUUAAUUGAUCUUGUUAUCAGUAAUAAACACUAUUAUUGAGUGUUUUGUAGAUUUUUGUUGGUCUAGCAGUAAGCUGCAGAAAACUUCCAUCAGAAGAAAGUUUAAGGGUUAGAGCCUGUCAAAACUGUAACAGAUCUACAUGUAUUGUAAGUCUGACAUUGUGAUUAUAUACAAUGCUUCCAUUACUUAUCCUGUAUGACUUGCUUCCUUUACCUGAGUUUGGGUUUACAAGUUCUUAAAAAAAGGGGUUUUUAUUUGUCCUUACAAGAAGUAAUAUAAAAGCACAUAUUUCUGCCGGGUCAAAAUUUCGCGAAUUUGAAAUUUUGAGUAUGUUUGCCAGGUUUAAUAUUCGCAAAAUUGUAAAUUGUAUCCUACUUAAAUUUUAAUUUUUAUUUUAUUCUUAUGGUGAAUAUUUACUUGAGGAAUAAGUUUAGGGAGAUGUAGGGCCAUCGGGAAUAUAGUGAAAAUUAAACCUUGAAAAUUUCUGCUUUUACAGUAGACAGACAUUUAUCCUGAAAUGUAAUGGUACACAUUUAAUGUACAGAAUAUUGGUAAUUUAACAUGAAAAAUGAAGAUCUGAAAAACUUCUUUAUGUUAAAACAAACUUUUGCAAAAAAAAAAAAAAAACAACACAAAACAAGAAAAAAAACUUCUUAAUCCAUAUCCAGUUUAUGUAGGUUAGGGCAUUUACAGAAUGCUUCUUUAACAGAACUUUUACACUGCUCUAGUUUAUAAUGUUUGAAUGAUGUAAGAGAUACCUGAUGUUAGAGAACAUGGCUUUUAGUUCCUACGUAAAUCUGGAUACAAUACAUUACUGUUACAGCUUCAGUGCAUAGAAAUGAAAUCCAGCAUUGUGUUUAUCACAUUGUAGAAUAUUUUAUUAUGUAAAAGGCUUUUUUUGUUAGCAGAUAUUGUUUAGUUUCUUGUGAGGCUGUUAAUGCUCAGUUUUCAUUUCAAAUUGUGAAUAAACCUUUUUUCUGGCUUCCUA